ACUCUCGGUAUCUAUCCCAUCCCGCACGUGUUGUGGUCGAUCGUAACGCUGCGAAGCUGGUAGUCUGUGGCCUCUGUGAUAUAAGUAUUUGUGAUAAUCAUGAAUAAAAUUCAGGAAAGACAGAGUUGUUAUUGGAAUAUCAUUAUAUUUAAUUUGCCUGACAGCUAGAUGCCGCUAUUAGAACUAAAUCCAUAGGUUUUUAAGGUAGCCGUAAUCUUCCAUAAGCGCUUGUAUAAAUUUAACAGUAAAACAAACCGUGAAGGAUUGAUAUGCUAAGUGUAGACGUCGUUAAAUGAGCACCUCAAACGGUGAGCGCAGUGGACGCACAACGGAGGUUGUUACCGACGAAGACAUCAAAAAAGUCCACAAAAUAAUUUUGGAUGACCGUAAAUUGAAGUUGUCCGAGAUAGCAGGCAAUCUAAAGAUAUCAACUGAACGUGUACAUCAUAUCAUUCACGAGUAUUUGUGUGUGAGAAAGCUCCGUUGAAAGUGGCUGCCGCGCGAGCUCACUUUACACCAAAAAACAACGACAAGUUGAAGCAGUGUUUGGAGAUGUUAAAGCGGAAUAGAUCCCAGUUUUUGUGUCGAUAUGUGACAAUGUAUGAAACAUGACACCAUCACUACACUCUAAAGUUCAAUCGACAGCCAUCGGAAGCAUCAAUGAAUGAAGAAAUCCAUCGGAACAGGUGCCGGUGUACUCAAAUGUAUAUUCGUAACCUGUGUAACCUGCUUUAUAGCCGCAUAAUCAAUAUAAACUUAUCUAUUUUGCACCAGGUGUUAACAUGAAUGUAUAUACAUACAUACACAUAUAUUGUAUAAAGGGGGUUUCUGAAUGAUGACUAAUGACGUAUAGGCUAUAUCUACUCGAGCCCUUAUCUACAACAACAGCGAAGAAUUGGAGUGGCCUCAAGUGCUCAAAGCGAAAUAGAUACAAUAAAACAGAUAACGACAGUUUCGACUUUUCCGCAAAACUUUAUUAUUAUCGACAUACAUUUUUAGUAUAAAUCGAAAGCUAAGCGUAGAAACAACGCGCAAACGAAAGCUGAGAAUAUCUAGGAAAUACUAGAUAAAUAAAAUAAAACUACGAGUCUAUUCAAUUGUGGAAUACUAAAAAUAAUUUAUCCCCCUAGUGCAAAAUAACACUGAAUAUGGGAAGAAUUAACGGACUUUUACUUGGCACGCUGGUGCUACUCGCAACGACUAUGAACUACAGCGCAACCGCUCCCGCUCAUGAUGCUCCCAUAAAAUUCGACACUGCAAUUGAAAACACUGUGUUUGAAUUCUACGUAAAUCUGUUCAAAUACUUAUUCCAUUCCUUGGUUAAGACUCGCGAACUGUUGGAAAGUGUUUUAAAGGAUGACACUAUUGUGCCGAAUAACAACAUUAACCGGACUAAAGAACAAUUACAAGACUACAUUGCUGAAACUACGGAGUGCCUUAAGCCAUUACCAACAAAUAUGACGACAUUGGAUGGUUUCCUGUACAUCGUCGCCAACAUACACACAAUAAAUUUGUUCGGAGACAUCGUGAAGCGUUACAAUACCACCUCGCUGCCGACACCCACCGAUGAGGAUAGACUAAUUGAGGCGACAUUGAAACGCCAUGGCCUGGACGAGUUGAUAAAUAAUUUGAAAAUCCGUAAGACGGAAUUUAUCAAUGAAUUUUUGUGCAAAAUGGAUAUUGUUGUCACAGAUCUGUCGGAGGAGGAUAAAAUUAAAAACCACAAGCUGGUGGAAUGGUAUCAGAAUUAUCGAAACUCCACAGAAGAGCAAAGAGCAAAUGAUGUUUUUACACAUUUUGCACAGAUGUUUGCACGAUUUUGAAAGUUGAAAAUUGUUUUUAACCAAAGUUGAUGAUAUGAAGUAAAAAAGAAUUUCCGCUACAAAAAAUAGUUGCGAUUGCCAACCAUCAAAGCGGUUAUAAUCAAUAAAUGAAUCAUAUUUGCAGAUAAGAAUGCUCGUUAUCGUUAUGGGCUUUGUGGGGCCAGUCUAUUUAAUGCUAAGUGUGUGUUGCAUACACAGCUGUUUAAGUUUAUCACUCACCAGAUGUACAAAUGGUGUGAAUAUUAGAAGUGACACCUUGUCAUGUAGUUGAAAUAUAUUAAGAAAUACAUAAUUAUUUAUUGUUUGACAUAUGUA